CUGCGUACGACACAAACAUGGCUGCCACCGCAGCGGGUGAGUCGGCGGGAUGCAGCAGCACCAACACCACCACCACCAGCGCCGAGCAGAAGGAGAUACCGCCGCUGGCUCAGGCACAGGGCCGGGAGAUCAUUAAACCUUCCGUCACGGAGCUGACCAAAGUGCGGACCAACAUCCUGUGUACGGUGCAGGGAUGCGGCAAAAUCCUCCCGAACACCCCGGCGCUCAACAUGCACCUCGUCAAGUCUCACAGAGUCAAGGAGGGUAUCGUCAACCCUACGAUAAGGAAGGAUUUAAAGGGUUCACAGAAGCUCUACUGUUGUCCGAUAGACGGAUGUCCGAGGGGACCCAACAGGCCGUUUUCCCAGUUUGCCCUGGUUAAGCAACAUUUCAUGAAAAUGCACGCAGAGAAGAAGCACAAAUGCGUCAAGUGCAGCAACGGAUACAGCACGGAAUGGGACUUGAAAAGACACGCUGAGGAUUGUGGAAGGACGUACAGUUGUACAUGCGGUUGUCCCUACGCGAGUCGAACAUCCCUGUUGUCACACAUUUACAGAACUGGUCACGAGGUUCCCAAGGAGCAUAGGUAUCCGCCUGUCAAGAAAAGAAAAAUGGAGAAAUUAUCUCGCAGCUCAACAAAACUUGAGCCUAACGGACAAACCUUUGAAACGGAUGUCACAGAGGGAGCCAUUCCUGCUGAAGGAGCGUCUCACACUCCAGAUUUACCCCAAAACAACCCCGUCCGCUCAAAAAAUCUCCAGAAGCUUCUUCUGCCCAUGCCUAAGAUGGCUUUGGUUAAUGUUUCUGUGAUGCAGCUGGCACACUUUCCUGUCCUCCUCCCACCAACAGAGAGCGGCGGUUUGAGGUCCGUUGUAUUGACCGUGGACGCACAAGGGUCCGUAAGCAGCUUGCAGCUCAUGCCUCAGUCGCUUGGGGCAGUGGUACCUCCGUUAAACACUAAAAAUUUGAAAGAACCCAUGCCCGUUUCUAAAUCAAAUCUGGAUGCCAUCAGUACGGGGAUCCAGGUCAACCUAGAAAGCCUGGACUCAGUCAGUGAAGCAGUUAACGAUUUGGGAUCAAAAAAUAAAAGCACCUCAACCAACAUUCAGACAGAUAUCUCAUUCCUGAGUAAGGGAGGCAAUACUGGUUCCACAGGUGAGGCCUCGGUUUCCUCUGGUACUCAAACUGACAUUAGCGUGAGCGCGCAGAUCCAGCUACCGGUCAGUGUGCAAACUCAGACGUUCCCCUUGAGGUCCAAAGCUACUUCCUCCAUUGGGGCACAAACUGAAACUUUCAGUCAGAUCCCUUUCCCUUCUGGUAACACAACGAGGGAAACUCAGACAAGUCGUUCCCUCGCAGUCCCCGUAAACAAGACCCAAAUGGACCAAGCUAUAAUGUGUGCAAAUCUCUUCAGUUCCGAUAUGCUUAGCGUCUCCACACAGACCACAGAACACGGUGGACCUUUUGGCACCAAAGAUCCCGACCCCAUCGGCACUGAAUCAGGAUUUUUCGAAGACAAAACGGCAUCGUCCUUGUGCUUCGGAGCUCAGAGGGAUAUUUUACACCAAAACACGGUAGCUGACAAUCAGACGCAGACGAUGAAUCUUUUCAGUGAUCUGGAGAACAUCCUUUCUUACAGCAUGGCAGCUAGUGGCGCUCAAGGCUGUGGAUCCGGCCUGGGUGCGGUGCAAGAGCAGCACACGGGCAUCGACUUUGACUUUGAGGACUUUCUCAACGCGACUCACAUUCAGACUCAGACAGACGAGAGUGCCUUGGGAGGCUUGACCUCGGAAACGCCCCUGGCACUCCUCGACAUUGAGACGCAAACCGACUUCCUUUUGCUCGAUGGCCUUGGGGACGGCGCCAGCAGCGAUGUCGGCACCAGGGUCCAAACGAGCGACCUGGAGCUGGAGAUGUUUGACACACAGACUCAAACGGAUCUUAACUUUCUACUCGACCCCAGUAGUCACGUCUCCUUCGGCAGCAUCCUAAGACACUCCAGCUUCAACAUGAGCACCGAGUCCUCAGACACUGAGACACAGACAGACACCAGGGGUCCUCCUCCUUCUUCUUCUCCUCCAUUGUCUUGUCCCAAUGAUGGGCAGAUCAGACUUAGCAGCACCGAAACCCAGACAGUCUCCAGCUCCUCCAGCCUGGGCCACCUUUUUCUAACCAGCAACGAGACGCAGACAGUCAUGGACGACUUCCUGUUGGCAGAUCUGGCUUGGAACGUGGAGUCUCAUUUCAGUUCGGUGGAAACACAAACUUGUGAAGAUUUCCUGUCUUUGUUUCAAAACUCGGACAAAGCCAUCGGCUGAGCCAUCUCGCCGCCGUCUGUAACGGGUGUGACGUGGGCAACAUCGUGAAGUCAAAGCCCAGAGGCCGAUGACUCGGGCCAGCAGAUUCUUUGAGUUCUCUCAAACCCUCAUCACCAUAAAGGGCUCGGUUUGCAAGGCGCUUGUGACAGUUGAGCUUACUUCAGCUUCGUAAGUCAUUCCACUGCACACAGUCUCAAAGCUAAAAGAGCUUUCAGCAGCCCAGUUUGGUUGGGUUUUAUUUUUACACAUCGAUCUGAAUUAAUUCCUUUAUUUGGAUUUGCACCGGUUUGCCCCAACAGACCUCGUCGAAUUUAGCACAGGGGGACCAUCGGACCCAUCGGCUUUUGGACUCUCGUGGAACUUGACGCACUGAACGGGAUCAUGUGACCACGAGGACCCAAAUCAACCAAUUUCAUAGACCAGUUCAAUUUCAAAAAACGACUUUGAGAAACUCCUCCAUCAUGCUUUAACGGAUGCAGGUGGAGAUGUUACUACAGAGAAACUAACCCAGUCUGAAUAGGGCUUGUAGAUGCACUUUAUCGUUUUCAUUUGGCUGCUGCUUAAUAUGUUUAUCCUUUAUUUUGCACAUUCUGUUUAGUACUUUUUGCAGUUCUUUCAGAAAAGUAUUUUUUUUUUGUUGUUGAACUGAAUAUAUAAUUUUCGGUGAUGAUGAUGAUAGUGCUACUAUGUAGUCAUAAAUUUACAGUGUGGCAAAAGUCAAAAGUUAUGUGCGUUCAUCUAAAAAUCUGAUUUCUUGUGAAAUUUUCUUGUUUGGCUGCACUGUAAUGAUAGUUUUGCGUUGUGUUUUAUAUAUAUUUAUAUAAAGGCAUUGUUUCUUUUGUUGCUUUUGUUAUGUUAGUGUUUAAUCGUUAAACAGAAAAAUUGUAACUGUUAUUUAAUUUUUUAUUUCGAUCCAGGUGGAUAUUUUUGGUCAGGCUGUAUCGUAUCGCUCAUAAGGGUUACGGCAGGUUUUUAAUUUAUUUUUUUUUUAUUAACGUUACUUAUUAAUUAUUUAACUCAUGCUAGUCGCAAAUGAUAUGGGUGACCUUUGACAUAUUUAGGCUUUAUUAUUAGUAUUAUUAUUAUUACAAUGAUUUGCAUUUUGUACUGUGAGUGAUUUAACAUGCAAAUUGCUGCUGUUUACAGGAAGACGGAACCUUUAACGAAAUAUUAUGACGAGUUCAGGAAGCAUGGAGCAUUUCUCAAAAUGUAGACCUUUCGUCACGUUAACACUACAUCACGUCACGUGAUCAGCUUUUGUUCUUCGGUGCCUUAAUUUAAGUUGUAAAUACAAACCCGUUCAAUGUAAAGCUACAGUAAACAUCGCUGAUUUAUUUUAAAGAGUUUUUUUUUUCCUCUUUUUUCUGUUCUUUAAAUUUUCCCUUUCUGGACACUCCAUAUGGUGCACAAUGUAUUUCAGUAUUUAUAGCGCAACGUAACGCUAUGCCUGCUAGUGAGGCAUUUAUUUAUGAACGUAACUGUUUUCUGCAAUAGAAUGUAAGUGACACUGUGUCGCGUCGUAACCAAAAGGUUUUCUUUUCAUUUCGUCGCUCAGCCAAGGCAGAGAUUCGCUUCCGAGCGCUACACACACACACACACACACACACACACACACACAUAUAUGCGAGCAAAAGCAUACCGCCGUAGAUUACUUGAAAUUGUCAGCAUAAACUCUCGCUUUUUCACAAGAGCGUGCAUGCAGUCCUGUUUGUGCCAAGAACAAGUCAUGGGUUCAGUAACUUUUUUUUUUCUUUCUUUUUUUUCUUUCAUCUCUCUAGUUGUUGGAUUUUGUUGUUGUUCAUAGAUUAAAAUGUGUCUCAAGCUGAACAUGUGCAUUCUUUAGGAUUUGAUGUACAUGAUGAUAAUGAAUGAACCCUGUGUUUUUUUUUUGUGUGUGUGUUUUUGUUGUUUAGGCUAGGCUGCAGCGGUUGCUCGAAAAUAAA